CCCAGGUCACAUGUUAAGAAAGCUUGUCCAGCGCGCACAGCUGACUGACAACAACAUUGCAGGCCAGUCGCUUAGGUAGCAGUAGGCAGGGUGGAGAAGCACGACUACAACCAACUGUUUAAAAACAUUUCUGUCAACAACCAGAAACUACCUUUAACCAGUUGGUUUGCUGCAUCACUUUUCAAGAAUUUCAACUUCAGGGUAGUCCGAAAUCGUAGUCGUCGAGCUUGGAAAGGUGGGGAGGCUACCAGCGACAGGCAGCUUUUAGGCUUGGUGGAGAGGGAAACGCUCGCUAUAUCCUCGGACUGAACAUGGCAACGUCCCUCAUCCAAGCCUGCCGCAGUCUAGCUCUCUCAACAUGGCUGGUAUCCUUUUGCUUCGUGCAUUUUAUGUGCCUGGACUUUACGGUGGCGGAGAAAGAAGAAUGGUACACCGCGUUUGUCAACAUUACUUAUGUGGAUCCCGUGACUUCAGAAAUCAAAACAGAGAAGACUGAGUGUGGAAGAUAUGGCGAGCACUCCCCCAAGAAAGAAGCAAGAGGGCAAGUGUUGAUGCCUUUGCUUUUGCAAGAGAGACAAGCUUGCGACCCGAACGCUAAGUAUCCCCUGCCUUAUCAAAACAAUGCUUGGAUGGCGUUGAUAGCUGCAGGGAAUUGUACAUUCAGAGAUAAAAUUCGCAACGUCGCUGCACUCCACAACGCUUCUGCAGUCAUAAUUUAUAACGUGGGCUCCACUAAUGUCAACGAUACCAUAACAAUGCCUCAUCAAGGUACGGGGGAUAUCGUGGCGAUCAUGAUUCCGGAACCCAAGGGUCGGGAGAUCGCCGCUCUACUAGAACGCAACGUCACGGUGACCGUGCACAUCACCAUAGGAACGAGGAACCUUCAGAAGUAUGUGAGCAGAACGUCUGUGGUGUUCGUCUCCAUCUCCUUCAUCGUCCUGAUGAUCAUCUCCCUGGCAUGGCUCAUCUUCUACUACAUACAGCGGUUCAGAUACGCCAACGCUCGCGACCGCAAUCAGGUUGUCUUCUUCUAUAAACAGCGGUUCAGAUAUGCCAACGCUCGUGACCGCAACCAGAGACGUCUCGGAGACGCAGCCAAGAAGGCCAUCAGUAAGCUCCAAGUACGAACCAUCAGGAAAGGAGACAAGGAAACGGAGUCUGACUUUGACAACUGUGCUGUGUGCAUCGAGGUCUAUAAAGCGAAUGAUGUUGUUAGGAUAUUGCCGUGCAGGCACAUCUUCCAUAAAAGCUGUGUGGACCCCUGGCUUCUGGACCACCGGACCUGUCCCAUGUGUAAAAUGAACAUCCUCAAAGCGCUGGGAAUACCACCCAACUUUGACUGUGGGGAUGACAUUCCGCCAGACUAUGAGAUGUCAGUGGGAGGCCCGCCCACCAACCCCAUCACAGGGGCCAGUGACAUCACGGUGAACGGGGAGGAGAGCUCGGUGGUGCUGGACACGAUGGACAUGAACAGGACGAUAGGGCUGCCUCAGGUCUACCACGACGCCCACGAGACACUACCACAGGCCGGGGACAGCCGACACAUCGCCAGCAGUGAGCACCAGCCCCCGCUGAGCAGCGACUCGGACACCUCCCUUAUCCUGGCUGUGGAGGUGGGUCUGUCCGACAUGGAGCUCUCCCUCGGGCACGACCGUGACGAGGUCAAGUCCUGAGCCAAUCAGAGCCAAGUAGGAAGGAAGCUCAAGGGGUCGACAUGGAGAUGAGAAACGGGACCGAAGGGACAGUGCCUGGCCCCCUGAUGGGAGGUAGUGGCUCCAAAUAAAUAAGAGACAAGCAAUAGAACCCAUAGCAGUGCAACACACCUAUCUGUCCCCACUGCCUCGUCUACAGGUUCCUCCUGUCCUGCCUCUCUUUUCUGACUACUGUCACGCUCAGUUGCCAUGGAAACCAGGCAGCCAAUCACAGCUCUUGUUAUUAGCCUCUGGACUGGGGGUAUAGUUUAGCACCUCUGUUAGUUGUCACCAUCACUUUAUUGACUCUUUGGACAUGUGACAUUUUGAUUUCUUUCUACGAGAUCAUCACUGCCAACUAUUCCAGAACGAAACACGGAAAUCUUUACACCUAGUUAUAGGAAUAUCUAUUUAUACUGUAUAUGGUCAAUAUAAGCCUCCUGCAGCAUGGGCUUUGAGUGUCAAAAACAGUUAGUGCGUGUUCUGAGUGACCAGCAUUUACUUGUGGUAAACUUGAAGCUGAUGUUUUUUCACCAUCUCUGCUUGAAAUAAUUUUGAUAACAUUCAAUGCUGUUGGUAUUGUAGCAAUUAUACUAUGCACAUGUUGUCAUGCAUUUCUGAAUAUCCGAUUUGUUCAAUUGCAUCCUUAUCGUUAAUUUAGGGGUCUUUAGGACUAUCGUUUAAUUUCCACUUCUGAAGUACAGUACACCAUGUGUUGUGGGGACCAACUACGAGUUUGUUCUACCCCACCAGUUGACAAUCACAGCCCACGGUAAUGGAGAUGUGUAGUGAUGAUGUCAGCUAUAGCCCUGUUUCAAACUGCUAAAGCUUUAUUAGCACCGCCAGUAACACAGCACAGGAGGCUAUAGUAGUGGCUGUUUGUUCAUGAAGAACAGAUUGGAAUUGAAUUCCGUUUUAAUGUCAUGUCAUCUCCCAGUCGAGCCACCCAAUAGCAUGUGGUGAAAUCGUCUGUUACCUAACAUAACGUGUGUCUGCAGUGCGGUGCAUUUGCUCUGUGCCAACUUCUUGCAGUUUUAGUUUUUGUAUUGAUGUUGCUUCAGUUUCUAGAAGACAAAGCAAGAUGGCAUUGUGGGCGUUGUUGAGUUCACCCAUUGGUUGGAUAGUGAAAAGCACAUCGAAGUUGUCUGUUGAUAAAAGUAAAUUACAUUUUGCUAUAUCUGAACUCGGUGUAUUAGAUAGCCCCUAGUGUGAGAAAUCCCAGACCUAGGGCAACAGCACUAGUAUGCUGGAACAUUGGUACAUUGUGGGAAGCAACUGGUCCAUCUAGAGAGACUAGAUAGCCCCUGGCGAAGGAAUACCAUGCAUUGGUUGUGGCUUUGGUUGACUGUGAAUUCAUUAUGAAAGAGUUGACUAAACCCUGUUGCAGAUAGUUUGUACCUCUUAGUCAUUUCUUCUGAGGAUAAAACUUUUCUUUCUUCCUAUAUUGAAUUUCAAAAUUGCCGUUGUUUUUGUACAUUCGUGUAGGGAAACGAAAGUCUGACGAACAGCAUUUAUUUUAGUAUGAAAAUAAGUUUAUUUUUGUAAGAAAAAGAAAAUGGAGGUAAAUAUUUACAGUCCAGGAGAAAUGGAGUGGAGAGAAUAGUUGCCUGGUUUCAAGAGUUCACUGGUAAUGCUAAUGCAUUUUGAAUUACAUGUAUUAAUUCAUGGUUUAUGUCCUUCCUCCCCCGAUUUUGAUUAUUGCUCUGUAAUUGUAUCAAAGGCCAAUUUUUAUUUGAGUUUGGUUCCUCUCUCCUUUGGAGUCCCCUCAAGGUUCUCGACACAUUGGUUCAUUUACAAAUGUGUACUUUCAUCCUUAACAUAUGAUCAUCUUAUAUUGCUUUAAUAUGCAACUUAGAUUUGAUUUUCAGGCUAAAAUCUGCAUGAAAUGGCACAAAGGCCACUGUUGUGAUCGAGCAUUUACUAUUUGAUACUGGGUUUCUCUUCCUUACUAUGUGUUUGUUCAUUUAAUCAUUGGUUCCUUUAGGCCGCCAACCAAUCAACAACCAAUCAAGUCCCAGUUAUGUAAGAAGCUCAUAUUACCCAUAAUCCCCCCUGUCCUUGUCAAUCAGAGAAGGAUUACAGAAUCUAUGGGAGAAUGUUGAAAUCUCCCAUGCUUAUGCAUUAGGUACAUCUGUAUGCCCUCCUAGUGUGUCAGACUCAUUACAUUUAGCUUUGUUUUGCAGUAUCAGUUUGUGAAAUACACUACAUUUGUGUAAUUAAUAUUGUAUAAGCGUCAUAAAUGUAUAUUUGAUCAAUCGACUGAAUGGAGACUGAAGAGUGGGUGCGUCAUGCAUUGAACAUGGCACACUUAAAGCAUAUUCUUCCCAGUUAUGGUCACUUUUUGCGUUCCGAUUCUCCACACUUCUCACUAAGUGUGCACACUUCACAUAAUGGAUUUUAUAAUGGUGGAAACGCCCUCCAGCCAAUGUUUACACCAAUCCAGUGCUUUUAAAUCAGUGAUGGAAACUGCACGUUAUGGGAGAAGGGAAGAGAAUGGGGAUUGAGUCAUGGAGGUGUUAAGUGCUCCACCAGAACUCAUGGCAUCCUUGGCCAGAAUACUAGAGAUCCAUUAAAAUAUGGUAGUAUCAUCUAGCCUCUCCACACGCAGCUCUACAGUUGUUACUAUGGGCUGAGGGCCCUAGAAACAACUAACAGCAUUUGAUUUCCCUCUGGGGGUUGGUUUCGCACACACACCACACCGUUUCCAUGUGCCCAUUUGUUUGUGUUGCACAGGGGGACAAGAUAAGAGGAAGCAAUUAAGCUCGGAGGAGGGUUUUGUUAGAUCCUGAUUGUACUGUGUGUGUAUGCGUGUCUGACAUCUUCACUUGUGUGAAGCCAGAACAUUUAAAAGCCUUUAAUUGCUUCCUAUUUCAUGUAAGGGGUCGUGUUUAAUUGACUUCACUUCCUGAAAGGUCAUUCUCUCAUUCUCAAACUCCUUACGUCCACUUAUUCCAACAACUCUUUUUUUUUAAUGACCAUGAAGAAGCAAUGGCCUUGAUUUGAACAUAAUUCGAAAUAAUAUCUGUUAUAUUCGUAAUGAACACUUAUAGAAACCGGGGUGUUCUUCCAAAUAUAAAGUAAUGAAUGCACAUAUUAUAAUAUUAUAGUAGGUUCUUGUUUACCCCAAUGAUGGUAUAAUUAUGUCAGGUAUACAUAAACAUACAUAAUAGAAACUCAUCAUUUAAUGUAGCUUUUAGUUCUCUUUCUUGUCGUCUUUCUUUAACUGGUUGUGUACCCACCCUACCUAGAAUGCACUUUUUCACUUGAAGGAGAGUUCUGUAUACUACAACGAAAUGGCACAAAACGUCUUGAAUACGGUUGACCUUGAAUGCGGUUGACAGUUGACACGACCAUGUUUUUAAGAGAGAGGGCUACAAUAUUGGAAAUGGCACAUGACAUAAUUGUCACUGUAUGUGUGCUGUUUAAGAGUCUGUGUUCUUUUAUCUAGACUUGUAUACCAGCUGUGGGUUUGGGGAAUGUUACGAAAAUGUUGUAUGCUAUAUCCAGCAGAACUCUACAGUAUUGCUAUUUUGUUAUAUAGAGGAAUAUGUAAAUGUUUUUGGCAGUGUUAAUGAUGUACAGUUCUAUAGUACAAUGCUGCACGUGUGUGAGUCAAUGAUUGUGAGGUACAAUACAUUUUAUUGCAAGUUUUUCCAACUGGGGUGAAGCUGUCUGGUUUCUAUUUCCUUAUUGUCAGUAAUAUUUAUGUCAACCCUCUCUGAUACUGUUAGGGUGAGCCAAUGCUAUUGAAAUUAUUUAUUCUGGCAUGAUUCAUUGGCCAAUAUGUAAAUUACCAUAUGUUUCAAUGAUAUAAGCUGGUCUCUGCUGCAUCGUUACGAAAUGCACACUAGCAUACUACACUACAUGGCCAGAAGUAUGUGGACACACCUUCAAAUUAGUGGUUUCUGUCACACCCAUUACUGACAGGUGUAUAACAUUGAGCACCCACCCAUGCAAUCUCCAUAGUCAAACCAGCAGCAUACCACCCUGCAUACCACUGCUGGCUUGCUUCUGAAGCUAAGCAGGGUUGGUCCUGGUCAGUCCCUGGAUGGGAGACCAGAUGCUGCUGGAAGUGGUGUUGGAGGGCCAGUAGGAGGCACUCUUUCCUCUGGUCUAAAAAAUAUCCCAAUGCCCUAGAGCAGUGAUUGGGGACACUGCCCUGUGUAGGGUGCCGUCUUUCGGAUGGGACGUUAAGCGGGUGUCCUGACUCUCUGAGGUCAUUAAAGAUCCCAUGGCACUUAUCGUAAGAGUAGGGGUGUUAACCCCGGUGUCCUGGCUAAAUUCCCAAUCUGGCCCUCAAACCAUCAUGGUCACCUAAUAAUCCCCAGCUUCCAAUUGGCUCAUUCAUCCCCCUCCUCUCCCCUGUAACUAUUCCCCAGGUCGUUGCUGCAAAUGAGAACGUGUUCUCAGUCAACUUACCUGGUAAAAUAACGGUAAAAUAAAUAAAUAAAUAAAAACAUUGGCAGUAGAAUGGCCCGUACUGAAGAGCUCAGUAACUUUCAACGUGUCGCCUUCAUAGGAUGACACCUUUCCAACAAGUCAGUUUGUCAAAUUUCUGCCUUGCUAGAGCUGCAACGGUCAAUUGUAAGCACUGUUAUUAUGAAGUGGAAACGUCUAGGAGCAACAGCGGCUCAGCCGCGCACAAGCCUAUGAUCACAAUGCCAAGCAUCGUCUGGAGUGGUGUAAAGCUUGCCGCUAUUGGACUCUGGAGCAGUGGAAAUGCUCCAUUGAAAUGGGAAUUAUGCUUCACCAUCUGGCAGUUGACGGACAAAUCUGUGUUUGCCGUCGCACCCACUCACAUAGCAUUGUAAUUUGAGCCACCUAAUACGGUUAGUUAAUUUUUCAAAUUUAACUCGGCAAGUCAGUUAAGAACAAAUUCUUAUUUACAGUGACGGCCUACCCCGGCCAAACCCUAACCCAGACGACGCUAGGCUAAUUGGGCACCGCCCUAUGGGACUCCCAAUCACAGCCAGUUGUGAUACAGCCUGGAAUCAAACCAGGAUCUGUGGUGAAAACUCUAGCACUGAGAUGUAGUUCCUUAGAACACUGCGCCUCUCAGGAGCCCGACACAUAAGAAUGGCUCUCUGGAAAGGAGUAGCAGCUGGGAAAUUUGAGGGCACUCAUGGGAGGAGAGGGAUACUUCUAGUGGAAAGAAUGAAAGAUAAUUAGAUUUUAGUACUACUUAGCCUACAUGGGAACACUACUAAAACUCAUACAUGUGUAAGUGAUUACACUGAACAAAAAUAUAUGCAUAUGCACAAAAAGCUUAUUUUAUUGAUUGAACAGCAUGAUCAUUACACAGGUGAACCUUGUGCUGCGGACAAUGUUACCCAUUGAGCAUGUUUGGGAUGCUCUGGAUCGACGUGUACGACAGCGUGUUCCAAUAUUCAGCAACUUCGCACAGCCAUUGAAGAGGAGUGGGACAACAUUCCACAGGCCAAAAUCAACAGCCUGAUCAACUCUAUGCGAAUAGAGAAAUGUAGCGCUGCAUGAGACAAAUGUUGGUCACACCUGAUACGGACUGGUUUUCUGAUCCACGCCCUUACCUUUUUUAAAGCUAUCUGUGACCAACAAUGCAUAUCUGUAUUCCCAGUCAUGUGAUAUCCAUAGAUUAGGGCCUAAUUAAUUUAUUUCAAUUGACUGAUUUCUUUAUGUGAACUGCAACGCAGUAAAAUCGUUGAAAUUG